AUAUUCCUCUUGCAAUGGCGGCGGGCAACGGAGGAACAGUUUUUGCUGGUACUGCAAAGCAAGGAUGUCAAAGGCAGUGUGGCGAUAUAACAGUUCCAUUCCCUUUCGGUAUUGCCAAGGGUGACGACACAAGCUGUUCGCUAAGUAAGUCGUUCUCGUUGACCUGCAGCACUACUUCUUCUGAUGAUGGAACGGCCCCAGAGUUGUCCCUAGGAAGCAAUGUUAUACACAACAUUUCAGAUUCAGAGCUGCGCAUCAGGACCUGGAGUAUUGGGGUUGCUUAUCGUUGCUACCAUACAAAUGGGAGUUUGUAUCGAAGCUGGAGUGCUUGGAGUAUGUUAGAAGAUGAUCGGUUCACCUUAUCUGAAAAGAACAAGUUAACGGUGAUUGGAUGUGAUGACUAUGCGUUAAUCACAGGCAGAAGUUUAAAAGCACCGACAUUGGAAGAUGACUUUUCAAGUGGCUGUAUUACUUCAUGUAUCAACAACCAAUCGGGUAUAGCUAAAGACGGCAAGUGCUCAGGAAAAGGCUGUUGUCAGAUAUCUAUACCAAAGGGUCUCCGAGAUUGCGAGGUUGAACUAGAUACCUUAAGGAACAACACACAAGAAGUUCGGUCCUUCAACCCUUGCAGCUUUGCGUUUCUUGGUGAGCAAGAUACUUUUGAGUUUCAUGGCGAGAGUGAUAUAAAAGAUUUUUACGAGUUAUAUAGCAGGAUAAACGAUAAUGUCCUUGUUGUGGUAGAUUGGGUAGUUGAACCCAACAAAAGCUGCUCAUCAGAGGUUACAGAAUGCAAAGGCAUGUACAGUGAAUGCUAUAAUGUUGAUAAAGAAGGUGAUGGCGGGUAUCGUUGUAGAUGCAAACAAGGUUACCAGGGUAAUCCAUAUCUUGAACACGAUUUAGGCGGCUGCCAAGACAUUGAUGAGUGUGCGGAUCCAGGAACCUACCCUUGUUACGGUGUCUGCAAUAAUACUCUAGGGAGUUACAGUUGUACGUGUCCACCGGGAUCUGUUGGUAAUGCGACAAAAGAAAAUGGUUGUGUUUGUUCUCCCGAAUACAUUCGUAAUGCAACCUCUGGUUGUGAACCUGCAGCAGUCCCCCGCUCAAACAAGCCCGUAUACAUUCUAGGUUUUGGACUUGCGUUACCCUUAAUGGUGAUUGGAUUACUGGGUUUGUACUUCACGGCUCUGGAAUGGAAGCUAGCAAAACUAAGAGAAAAAUAUUACGAGCGAAAUGGGGGGGCACUAUUAAAAGAGAAGCUAACAACUAGGGGUGGCGUCGAUGUGAGUUCUAUGUACAUUUUUCGUGUCCAAGAACUUAAAAAAGCAACUGAUAACUUUGCAGACAGUAAGGUUAUUGGAAAGGGAGGCAAUGGUACCGUGUACCAGGGAACUCUAACAGACGAGCGUGUUGUCGCAAUCAAGAAAUCCCAAAGAGUAGAUGAAGGACAACGGGAGGAAUUUAUAAACGAAAUGGUGAUUCUCACUCAGAUUAAUCACACACACGUGGUGCAACUAAUAGGAUUUUGUUUGGAAACCGAGGUCCCGUUGUUAGUCUAUGAAUUUGUCUCAAAUGGUACUCUUCAUCGCCACAUUCAUAAUAAUGUAAGAACUGGCACAAAGAGAUUGUCUUGGGAUACUCGAUUAAGGAUAGCACAUGAAUCCGCGGGUGCACUCGCUUAUCUUCACACAGAUACUAGAAUGUCCAUCAUACAUAGAGAUGUGAAGUCCACUAACAUCUUGUUGGAUGAAAAUUGCACCGCAAAAAUCGCAGAUUUUGGUGCUUCAAGGCUAGUUCCCUUAGGUCAUGAUGAAGUAACAACUCUGGUUCAAGGAACGCUCGGAUACUUGGAUCCAGAAUAUUUUCAUACCGGCCACUUGACAGAUAGAAGUGACGUCUAUAGCUUCGGUGUGGUUCUUGCAGAACUCUUAACAGGGCAACAACCCCUCAGUAUCGAAAAAUGUCCAGAGGAGCGAAAUUUAGCAACAAAUUUUUUGAAGGCUGUCAAGGAAAAUAAGUUACUUGAUAUUCUUGAAGACGGUGUGGUAAAGGAGGCGGGUUAUGAGCAACUUAAAGCAAUAAGCAUCCUGGUGUGUAGGUGUCUUAACCAAGUAGGCGGGAACAGACCUGGCAUGAAAGAAGUGACUAUGGAGCUCGACGCUUUGAGAAAGUCUGGGAAGCCUACUAAUUUGGUUAGUGAAGACAAUUACGAUGAAACGAGCUGCAGUCAUAUGAUUGAUAUGGAACAAACUGAUCCCGAUACUCUUCCGCCGAUGCCUACAAGUGAUACUAUUGGAGACAGUUUCUAGCACUACGUACUGAAUGAUGCUCCGAAUACAAAAGUGGCAUUUAAACAUAUAGAUAAUGAAUAAAGCUUUCAUUUGACGGCUAUAUAUGUCAUUUAUGUGUUAUAUAUUGUAGGAUGUAAUUAUCAUGUGAUGUAUGUAAUAUAUAUGUUAUCAUGUGAUGUAUGUCAUUUAUGUAUAGCUAGCUAGAGGAAUUGAAGUAGUACGUAGUAACUAAAGUAAUUGUAUCAUGUAAUGUCUGUAUUACGUUUAUAUUGUUUGAACUUUUUAGAUUACACUCCAAACUCAAGUUUAUUUAAUUUGCACCAUGUAAAUGGUUUAUUCU